ACCAACUGCGUGGCCUUUUCGAUCGAGUGCAGAAUCCCUACGCCGAAACGCAAGAAGAACCAAACCAAAUCGAAGGAUAAUACAAGCGGAGGUGAGGAAGUCGAAGCAAAAUCGCCGCCGAGCAAGCCGGAGCCACCAGCAAUACCGAGCGGCAAGGAUGCCUUCGGUUAUCAGAGCAACCCAAUGGCCGUCGACGGGAUGCCGGUUACUACCCUCACGGAAACACAGGCCGCUCAACAGGCUUCCCAUAAUUCAAUGUACGCCCAGUUUAUGAAGCCCAAGUUUGCGCGCGCCCCGAUAAAGGAACCAGGACGGGUUGCCUAUCUCGGCGAGUCGUCAAACCUAUCGCUCCUCGUUCAGGAUCGCCAUGGGACCACCGAUGUUGUACACUACCCUCUGCCUCCCAACAUGGGAGGCACGCCCGCUCGGUUGACGGACCUGGACAGCCUGGAGUUGGAUAUUCUGCACCAACGUGGUGCCUUCUUGCUGCCGCCAAAGCCCCUGUGUGACGAGCUGGUCGACGCCUACUUUAAAUGGGUUGCCCCCGUGGUCCCCAUCGUUAACCGCAGCCGCUUUUUGCGGCAAUAUCGGGAUCCGAAGAACCCCCCAUCUUUGCUGCUUCUCCAAGCCAUUCUUUUAGCUGGCUCGCGGGUCUGUACCAAUCAGCAACUGAUGGACGCCAAUGGUUCAACCACGCCAGCUGCCAUGACAUUUUAUAAACGGGCAAAAGCACUCUAUGAUGCGAAUUAUGAAGAUGAUCGUGUCACCAUCGUCCAAGCGCUGGUUCUUCUAGGCUGGUACUGGGAAGGGCCUGAAGAUGUCACGAAAAAUGUCUUUUACUGGACAAGAGUGGCGAUGGUCGUUGCUCAGGGUUCGGGUAUGCAUCGAAGCGUGGAAUCUUCCCAGCUUAGCAAGCCUGACAAGAGGCUCUGGAAGCGAAUCUGGUGGACCCUCUUCACGAGAGACCGAUCGGUGGCUGUCGCGCUCGGACGGCCCAUCGGCAUCAACACCGAUGAUUCGGACGUGGGGAUGUUGACCGAAGAUGAUUUCAUCGAAGACGAGGUCGAUAUUGUUGCGGAGUAUCCGCCCGACCCGGUCCACGUACAAUUCUUCCUUCAGUAUGUCAAGCUCUGCGAGAUCAUGGGCUUGGUUCUUUCCCAACAGUACUCGGUGGCCUCGAAAUCUAGGCGAAUGAAUGCUAUGGAUCUCACCCACUCGGAUAUGGCAUUGGCAGACUGGCUUCAAAACUGCCCUAAGGAGGUGUGUUGGCAACGGCAACGGCAUCACUUCUGGGCAGCUCUUCUUCAUGCCAAUUAUUACACCACGCUUUGUCUUCUACAUCGAGCACACAUGCCGCCUGCGUCUUCUGUUUCGAGUAAUUACCGCGUGGAAGAGAUGGCGUACCCAUCGCGAACGAUCGCGUUCCAGGCUGCCGGAAUGAUCACCUCGAUUGUGGAGAACCUCCAGAAUCACCAUGAAAUCCGAUAUGCGCCUGCCUUCAUUGUCUACAGCUUGUUCUCGGCUUUGAUUAUGCAUGUCUACCAAAUGCGAUCAUCCGUUCCCUCAAUUGUGGCUACCUGUCAGGAACGUAUCAACAUCUGCAUGCAGGCCCUUAAGGACGUGUCCAAAGUUUGGCUUGUGGCCAAAAUGGUGCAUACGCUUUUUGAGUCUAUUCUUGGAAACAAAGUCCUGGAAGAGCGCCUUCAGAAAGCUGCAGGCAGAAGACAUCAGAGAGUACGGCCCGAGACGAUGCAACAGCCGCCUGCGAAGAGGCCCGAACCCCCGAAGCGCAAGUUCGAUGAGAUGGAAUUCGGCUUGCCCAAUGGGGGACGUCCCACACCGCCGGUCUCUUACGAGCGAUCUCGUCCUCAAACGCCUGCAGUCACCCCCUCAAGGGAGAUGCAGCCUCCUGGUCUAAGCUUGCCUCAAGGCUCUCCUCCAGCCCCAGGAGGGCCGGGAGUUUCUCGCGGAAAUACGCGCCCGACGACCCCUUUCAACCAAUUUUCCUUGCCUGCAACGCCACCGGAUCUAUUCCUUGUUACGCGUACCUCUCCCAACCUUUCCCCGUCCCUUUGGGAGAACUUCCAGCCGGACCAAUUGUUCCCUGAUGGCACAGCAUUCUUCCCAGAAUUGACGUCUCCCCAACCGAACGCGGUUGACCCGCAACUCCAGAUGCAGUCUCAGCUACAAGCUCAGAACAUGGACCAGCGGCCAAUAAUUCCUCAACAAAUGGCGGCGCGCGGCAGUCUUUCUGCCGCUCAGGGUAGUCCAGAGGUUAUGUCGACUCUGACCCCUGGGAUCAGCCUGCCAGGUCAGCAACCACAGCAGGUGUUUGGGUUAGAGAGCCAGCAGGGUUGGCCGAUGCAGAGCAUGGACGCUGCUUUGGGUGGGGCGACGAUGGAUGCUGCAAGCCAGGAUGACAACUGGAGUAGUAGCUCACGGAGCGGGCCGACAGCUCCAACCACUCUCAAUGUGGAGGACUGGUAAGUUUUCUGCGACUUGGGCUGAGGCUAUCCGCGCGCAUGGGUGAUUAGAACCACUAACCAAUGCUCUUCUCGCAGGUUCCAAUUCUUCGGCAUUAACGGUAGUUUUGGCGACCUGGCAACCUAAGCGGUGU